CCGCGUCGCACUUAUUGUAGUGAGCAGGACCGCGUCGCAAUUAACCAGGCCAGGGCCAGACUGAAUCUCAUGCUGUACAUCGAACGAACAUUUGAACUCAGCCAGCCCUUCACAUUCAUAAGAUUCGCUUACUCUCGCACCAAAUCUCAGUCUCAGGCAUUCUCGUGCAAUAUUCAACAACAACAAAAGUCUCAAACCUCAGUCAGUCUACGAAAUACUCAAGAUCGAGGCUCAGGAUGCCGUACAACACGACUCCUAUCAGGCCUCGUAAGGAGGUGACUGGCACAGUUCAGCUUCCAUUAUCAAGAGUCAAGAAGAUCAUCGCCGUAGACCCAGACAUCAAUAUCUGCUCAAAUAAUGCGGCAUUCGCCAUCACCUUGGCUACUGAAAUGUUCAUCCAGUAUCUCGCAGAACAGGGCCAUAACAUGGCCAAGCUGGACCGGAAACCCAGGAGGAACGUACAGUACAAGGACCUAUCCGCCGCCGUCGUCGCCAAGGACAACCUGGAGUUCCUCGACGACACCAUCCCCAAGACCCAGCCCUACAAGGAGAUCAAGCACAAGGCCGCCGAGACGCGCGCCAAGCUGCAGGGCGGCAAGCCCGCCGGGGGCGACGGCCACGUCGACGAUGCGGCUGCGGCCGCGGGCCAGCCCAACGGCAAGAAGCAUAAGAGCAUCAACGGGUUCGGAGUGCACGACGUGGUCAAGGAUGAGGCACAGCAUGUGGCACAGGCGUCGGGCCCGGACGAUGGUGACGUGCACAUGACGGGUUAAGUAACCCCUGGCGCAUCCCCCCCGGAGAAGGGGCCCGAUUCCAUCGUUGUCCCAGCUGCCAACCCGACGAAGGCACGGCGUCAAGUCGUGAGGAUCUUCCCGGCUAGGCCUUGGUGUGACCAGCCGACAUAGUAGGGACACGGCAACAUGAUGACACCGAGUUGGAGUCCUGAGUCGGAUGGCCGGUCUUGUCUAAGCAUGUCCGACUUAAGGAGGACGCAUGGAGUUCAUUAGAAUUCAUGAGAAACCCGUUACAUCUGAGGUUGUCCGGCGGCGUGUGGCCAGUUAGCAAAUGGUUUGCGUAAAAGCAGAAUAAGCACACUGGUCAGGAAAGACCGUCGAUAAGGGUGGUAUUUUGCAUUAAUUCCGGUGCUAUUUUUGACUUUUCAGCAGAGCAUAUAGCUAGCGUAUGCAAAUGCAAAUGCAAAUGCAA